AUGGUCCUCAAACUCUAUACCGCUUUACUCUCUACCUGUGGUCGUCGCGUCGCCACCGUUCUUCACGAAAAGCAGAUCCCCUACGAACUCGUUGUAAUCGACUUGGGCAAGGGAGAGCACAAAGCUCCAGAGUUCGUCAAAUAUCAGCCUUUCGGUCAGGUUCCUUACAUCAACGACGAUGGAUUCAUCCUCUACGAAUCGCGCGCCAUCUGCCGCUACCUCGAGCUCAAAUACCCCAACCAUGGUCCCAAACUGAUCCCCACAGGAGAUGUAAAAAAGAUCGCACUGUUUGAACAAGCAGCUUCCAUCGAACUUUCCAACUUCGAUGCGUUCGCAGCGAGUGCCGUCGCUGAGAUCGUGUUCAAGCCUAUGCGUGGCGAGACUCCGGACCCUAAGACCUUCGAUCACUUGAUUAAACAGCUCGAUGACAAGCUGAAGGCGUACGAGGUUAUUCUUGGGAAGCACAAGUAUCUUGCUGGUGAUGAACUCACUAUGGCUGACCUUUUCCAUCUUCCGUAUGGUUCCAUGUUGAAAAUGGCUGGAAGUGAUAUUAUGUCCAAGCAAGGACCCAACGUUACCAGGUGGUGGAACGAGAUCUCUUCUCUGAAAUCCUGGAACACAGUAGCAGGUGGUGUCCCCGCCGGCCUCAAGUAA